AGACUUCGUCUUAAAAUAUCGUGCAGCCAGAUAUAUCGCUCUAUUAGUGACGCACGUCAGGCUAAAGUUAACGUGACCUACAAUGAAACGGUUCUUCCUUGUAGCAAGCUGUUGUUUCCUGAGUGCAAACGAACAUGAACGCAAAGUUCGAAAUUAUUCGCAGGUUACCCACUACUUCACGGAGCGAGACAGUGGAAUCCCCAAUCCACAGCGUUGCGCGCCCCAACUGCGCUUCGACAUGGGCUACGUGAACAGCGUGCACCACGACUGCAGCGUUGGUCGCACUGUUGGGGCCCAGGCCCCGGGAGGACACGAGAUGGGAGAGCGACUGGAGCGCUUUAGCUGGGACUUUGUGCACGCGGCCGAACAGAGCAGCGAGGAGAUAGACCAGUACGUGGGCCGCUACACGCGCGCCUUCGAGCACGAAGAGGUCAUGUCCAAGGGCUGCAUCACUCCGUCGACCCGUGUUUGCUUCCUGAGCGCCGUGGAUUUUCGGGGGUCAUGGCGUUACGCGUUUGAUGACUGCUCGGCCACCCGAGAGCCUUUCAGCGAGGCGGACGGCACCACCUUUGCGGUCAUCAUAGUGCACCAGAGGGGGCGCUUCCCCUUCGCCAAGUGCCCUGACAUCAAGGCUACUGCGUUGCUCAUUCCGUACCAGGCACCCGGCGUGGGAGCUGGUGGCAAGGCUUCGGGGCCUUCCACUCCGCAUGAUGGCAGGUGUACUCCCACGUGAGAGGCUCUCGCAGCACUUUUUAGGCAAUGUUACGGGGACAAUGCAACCAUCACAAUCACACACUGCAAUACUGCGCAGCACGGACUUUGCCUGCUCGUAAGAUCACGUAUUUUUUGCCACCUGAGUAUUUCUUGAUGUUCGAUAUUCGCGACCAGGGCCGCCAGUGGCCACAUCUAACACUCGCAGGCAAUGAGAAUAAUAUAUGACGCAAAUAUCUAAGAAAAUGGACGGUCGCAAAGCAGGCGCCGUACCUCUAUUGCUAGAGCACCACACGCGACAUGCGCAAGUCGCAGCUCGCCUCCCACAUUGCGGCUUGUUUUCUCGUCGAGUGUGCUUUUAUUUUUUCUGUAUAAGAGAAACCAACUGUGUCGCAAAUAUAAAUUUGAGUCUACAAUUAUUUCGUAAUGGCAUCGGAAGUGUGAAAUCAAAGCAAGUGACGAUGGCAGACGGAUGAGCACUAUCUUCCAACUAAAUUUAUUCAG